GUGAAUUAUGGGUAACUGGAAUCGAGUUGCUGAUUCCAACACAGCAGUAAUACUUUUUCGUAUUGGGAUAUUCUCUAGAGUGGACUGACAAAAAAGAUUGAUCAACUACAACUCAGUUGAUUAGACUUGCAGUAAAUUAUGUCACUUAGUAAAGGAAGUCACAAGUCAUUAAAAAAUUUCUAGUGAUAACCAACAUUGAUAAAUGGAUACAGAAGAUGAAACUGAACCAGAAAAGGACAUUUCAUUACAAUCUGAGCCAGACUGGGAAGAAAUCUCUAAUGAUGUUGGCCACAUCAGUAACAAUAGCUUCGACCACAAUUCUAUGGAAUCUGAAAAAAAUACUAAAGGCAAACAUAAACGUGAGAGGGGUCCCCCAAUUGUGUGCUUGAUGUGUAAAGUGGUGUGGACUAAAAAUAGAAAAGGGGGUAGAUUAUUCAUGUUUGGUGGAAGUCGGCCUUUUAUGGCAAAGUUUGAAGCAAAAUUUAAGGCACUGAUGGGUCAGCAAGAUUUGAUAGAACUUCAGAAAAGGUCGGCUACAAAGUUUGGACGAAGUUACAUUUGUAGAGAGUGUUAUUUAGUGGUCAGACAAACUUAUGACAAUAUAAGAAAAAUUCAACGUGAUGUGGCCCGAUCUAUAAGUCGGGUCAAAUUCAUUUCAGGGAUGAACUCACAAUCAGUUAUCAGUGAUGACUCAGGAUCUGAUCAAGAUUUAGAAAUUAAUGACCAUGAUCAGGUUCCUCCUAAAAAGAAGCUUCCUCCUGUUGCUGAAAGAAUAGCAGAGAAAAUAGCAUCAUUGACAUUAAUUAAAAUCAACCACAAAACACCUCAAAUUAUUCUAAGACCAAUUAAUUUAAAUCAAACUAAUUCUGACAAUAUAGCUGAUAAUGAUAAAAAUACACCCAUUGAAAUUGUAAAAGACCCUCUCCUAUAUACUCAACAUAGGCAAGAUCAAGAUAUUGUGAAUGAAAUCAACUGUAACAAGGAUUUAGAACAAAAAAAUGAGGCCAACAGUUCUCCAUCAGCUAAAGAAAGAGAUAAUAUUUCUACAAAAAUAAAUAUUUAUGUAGAUACACAAAAUCACAAGGAUAAGUUGCAUAUACCAAAUGAAGGUGCAGAUUGCAGUGUCAUUUCUUUAAAUGCGGAAUUAUCAUUUGUUUCACAAAAUGCAUUGAUUAACGAUCUGUUUGAGACAAACAGCUGGUCUAACAACAUAGAUCUAGAUCAUUUAGUAAACACUGAAGCAGGCAGUAUAGAAAAGGGCCUUAACUCAAGUUUCAAACCAUCACAAAAUGAAUUGUCUGAAAUAUUGGCAAAUCCUUUAUUACUGAUAAAAUCUCCACAGCCUAUUAAGCUUGCUGAAGUUAAAAAUGAAAGUGUCUACAUAUGUGGGGAAGGAGGAUGUGAUUGGAUGUUUAGUUCAAAAUUUUUUUGGGAAAAUCAUAUCAGACAUUUCCAUCGAUCUGGCAAACCAUUUAUAUGUCCAUUUGAGGGUUGUGGUAGACGUUUUACUGGAAAAAGUAAACUGGAGUUGCAUGUUAGAUCACACACAGAUGAACGACCUUUCAUUUGUGAUAAGUGUGGUAGUGGAUUCCGUGGAAACCAAGAACUAAGGGCUCAUCGUCUAACUCACACAUCUGAAAAGCCUCAUCAGUGUCCAAAAUGUGAUAAAAAUUUUAAACUUCUGAGUAGCCUCAAGCGCCAUCUUCAAUUUCAUGAUGGUGGAGACUUCCCAUAUCCCUGUACAUAUCCCGAGUGUGAGAAGUCUUUUAAAAGUAAAUAUGACCUGAAGUGUCACAACAGAUUACAUACUGGAGAGAAACCUUACAAGUGUCCAGAGCCAGGCUGUGGCAUGUCAUUCAGGAUACCUUGCCAGUUUACAAUGCACAAAAGAUCUCAUACUGGAGAGCGGCCAUUUCGAUGUAAUAUUGAUGGUUGCAAUGCUGCCUACAUUUCUUCCAAUGCAUUGCAAGCACACAUGCUUAGUCAUACAUCAGAGAGACCAUUUUGCUGUGAAUUUUGUGGAAAGACCUUCAAACACAAGAUGUUGUAUCGUAUGCAUCUUAAAAAACAUUCUGGUCCACAGAGUUUGAUGUGUCCUAUGGAAGGGUGUGGAGAAGAAUAUGCUGAGCGUAGGUCUCUUGAUCAACAUAUGGCUAACCAACAUGGAAUACAAGAUUAUAAACCCUUGAACAAAAAAAUUUAUGAGUGCACUGAACAAGGGUGUGGACUGAAAUAUGGCACAGAUGGAGGCUUACGCUAUCAUAAACUUAGGGUGCAUAAAAAAUCAAACUUCCUUGCAGAAGAGGAUCUGUUUUCAAGAAAGCUGAGUUGCCCAUUUGAUAAAUGUGAAAGGGUUUAUGAAGAGGCGGUGAGCCUGGAAGAUCACUUGACAAAAGCUCAUAGGUCCAUUCCCAGAGAAAAAUUGUGCCCAUUUUGUGGACUUGCAUUUCCUUUUAUGGAACAAUUUGAAUUACAUAUACACAACAUCCACAAUGAAAGCUCUUUAUUAAAUGAACAACUGAAAGGCAUGUUUGUAUGUAACUCUGAGAGAUGUGGAUUGAGAUUCCCAAGACUUGAGGAGCUAAAACAUCAUGUGACUUGGCAUCUUGGUAACCCACCUUACAGAUGUGAAUAUGAAAAUUGUGGGAGAUCUUUUCUUCUGGAGAAAAUCUACAAUGAUCAUCAAAUUGAGCAUGAAAAUCUAAAACCAUUUACCUGUAGUUUUGAUCACUGCCAAGAAGGCUUCACUUCACACCUCAAAGUUCUUAAACAUUCCAAGAUUCAUUAUGGUUUAUUCAGAUGUCCUUUAGAUGGAUGCAGUAAAGCCAUGCAGACUUUAAGCAAUGCUCGAAUACAUCUUCAACACCAUGAAAAACCAUUUGUUUGCUUGUUGUGUGGUAAAAGAUUCUCUUCUAGUCACCUUUGGACAAAACACCAAAGAUCUCACACAGGUGAAAAAGUUUAUGAAUGUAAAGUUUGCUCUAGUCAGUUUUCACACCCAGAAACUCUCAAGCAACACAAGAUGAAUCACAAGGGAGAGAAGCGUUACAUGUGUGAAGAAUGUGGUCAAAGCUUCAGCAGUCAGGUCUCUAGAAAGAAUCACAUGAAAAGCCAUACUCAAGAACUUCCAUUCAUCUGCCCAGAAGAAGGAUGUGGUAAGGCAUUCAGAGAAAAUGGCUCCCUUAAAGCCCAUCAAAUUACCCACACAAAACCUAGCCACUUGUGCACUCAGUGUGGCAAGGUGUACAAGUUCAGUAUCAGCAAACACAAGUGCAAAAUUGAUCCUAUAGAUCAUAUACAACCAGCGGCAAAUGUUGGGUUCCUACAGAACAGCAUGCAACAGCAAGACAUAAUGCAGCCCCAGCUGUUAAGGCAAACCCCUGUCCAAACUCCAUUGUCACAGCCCUUACCCCAGACAGUGCCCCAGUCAAUACCAGUAGCUCAGGCCAUCUCUCAUUCAGUAGUUGACUCCAUGCCCCAGUCCAUUCCCCUGACAAUACAGCAUAUACAACAACCAUUGGCGCAGCCACUACCUCAAAUGCCACAACAAUUACAGCAACAACAACAACAAUAUAACAUGAACAAUCUGAUGAUGAUGUCUGAACCACCACCCCACUCUUAUGUCAUGGAGGUGGAAGAAGCAGCUAGAGCAAUGAGACAAAACUAUGCUGCACCAGAUACCAUAGUUCUACAAGAGGCUCCUCAUUAUAACUAUAUUAUUUUGUAUGAUCGACCUGUGCAAUAUUCAUCUAGACAAUCUACUCUAGUAAGUAAGGCACAAAACCAGGGGGAAAUUUCACAAGCAAUGAAUUUUAUAAUCAAUGACCACUGCCUGUCCCCAAGCUCUGGUUCCAUUAUUUGUUUAAUGUGCAAAACUUCUAGAAAAGGAGAUGAGAGAUUAUUUAUGUUUGGGGGCAAUCGACCCUUUAUGGCCAGGUUUGAAACAAAGCUUUUGGCUUUCAUUGGUAAGGAGAAAUUCACAGCACUGUGUCAGAAGUACAAAACUAAGCGUGGAAGGAGCUACAUAUGCAAAAAUUGUUACAGUACAGUCAACAAAACAUUUGACAAUAUCAGAAAGAUCCAGAUGGGCGUCUCAAUGUCUGUUAGAAAAUUUAUUCCAGCAGAUGACCUUUCAGGAGAUGAGUACAGCUCAGAUUGGAUAACUGAGUCACAUGUUGAUGUUCCUAAAAAGAAACUUCCUUCAGUUGCUGUAAGAAAGACUGAACAAAUUACUUCCCUUACCCUUGUGAAAAUCAACUAUAAAACCCCUAAAGUUGUUCUAAUACCUGUUAAGCGUGGUGAGUCUUUAGAUCAACAGAGUGAACAAGAACAGUGCAAUGGAAUGCUGGGAACAGCAGAAGAAGAAGGGAAUUCUGAUGAUUCUAAAAAUACAGUUACACAACAGAAUAACAGUAAAAAAAAUAUUUUUGUGGGUGAUAGAAGUUCCAACAGUGUUAGCUUACCAAACACUGAAAGUGAAAAUACUGGCGCAGUUACUAAUAAAGCUUUCAGUGAUACAAACAAACUUGCUGCAACAAAUGAUACAACUGCUGAGAUGACACAAAUCUUAGCUAAUCCACUCCUUAUUGUGAAAACACCUUUACCAAUUAAAUUACUUGAUGUCAAAAAUAAAAAUAUUUUUAUAUGUGGUGAGGGUGGAUGUGAUUGGAUUUUCACUUCUAAAUUCUUGUGUGAAAAUCAUAUCAGACAUUUUCAUUACUAUGGAAAGCCCCAUAAAUGCCCAUUCAAGGACUGUAAUAAAUAUUUCUCUACCAAAAGUAAACAAAUUCAGCAUUGUAGAAAACACACAGGAGAGAGACCAUUUGUUUGUGAACAAUGUGGGAAGUCCUUCAGGGGUUCUCAAGAGUUAAAACAUCACAAGGGCACUCACAUAGUGGGAAAACCUUACAUGUGUCCAAAAGCAGAUUGCUACAAGUCUUUCAAAUACAUUAACAGUAUGAAGCGCCAUCUCCAGUUUCAUGAUGGGAAUUACCCAUUCCACUGCUCCUUCCCAAAAUGUGCUAAAGCUUUUAAAAACAAGUACGAGCUGAAAUGUCACACUAGACUCCACACAGGAGAGAAGCCUUACUGCUGUAGAGAGGCAGGCUGUGGAAAAUCUUUUAGGUUACCCUGUGAAUACACAAAACACAGGCGCACACAUACAGGUGAACUGCCAUUUAAAUGUCCAUGGGCUGGCUGCAGCUCCGCCUACAUAACCUCUGGUGGUUUGACCAGUCAUGUGAUGAAUCAUUCCAAAGAGUUCUCCUUCUGCUGUGAGUUCUGUGGCAAAACAUUCAAGCAUAAGAUUUCAUACACUACACACCUGAGGCACCACACAGAUCUGAAUAACAAAAGAAUGACUUUAAAGGAGCGUGAAGAGUCCAAUUUGUCACAGAAGGAUGUUCAAGUAAAAGUGGGGACCAAACAUCAGGACUGUCAACAGUCCAGCUUAUGACAAGGAGAAGUGGGUAACAUAACAAUGUAAAACUAUGACAGGAAGUUGUUGCCACUUUGUCUUUAAUUGGAAGAUGUUGAGAUCCACACUGAGACUGAGGUUGUAACAAUUCUUGAAUUAUAUUUUAAUCAGUGUAAGUAAGAUGCAACUUUUUUAUUUUUGAAUGUAUGAAUUGCAUUGUUUCUUCAUCUCAACAAAGCUAACCAACUUCCUGACUGGUAAAAAUAAUUAUUGAACAAUUUGAAAAUAUAUUUUGAAGUUUUGUAAAAAGCUAGUUGAACAUUCAACUCCUCCUACAGUUGAUGAUAUUUGCUUUAUUUCACACCAAAGUUUCUGUAAUUUUUUCUACUUGUUGAAAGGACUAUACAAAAAUGUUCUUGUGUAUUUAGAUUAUCCUUAUAGAAAUUAUAUUGAGCAGUUGUAGUUUAUGAAUGAAUGCAUGAAAACUUGCAUAUUAAAGUAAGUAUUUCUCUUGUAGAUGUGAACUCAAGGACUGAUCUUUAAACUUGUGAGACUUCAAACACAAAGAAAACUGAUUUGGAUAAAUUUGAUACAACACAUUAUCAAUCAUGUGACGGGAGAAAUUUUGAGUUUUCUUUUUAACACUCAUAAUACGUAUUUCAAACAACUUUAUAGUUGCUGAAGGAUCAAAACAAUAUUAAACAUUAAGUGAAGCAGCUCAA